CCCCUACGCCGCCACGCGCUACGGGCCAUAAGUGCGGAGGGGGUGGGGAGUUGGGGGCGGCCGGCGACAUCAGAAGGGAGGCGCGAGAAGGCGAGAGCAAGGGAAGGAGGCGCCUUAUUUGCGGACCGCGGCGCGCGAGAAGCUCCAUCCGCUUCAGCCUGUCCGGUGUCUCGCGAGUACGAGAGAGAGAAAGCGCGAGCGCGCAGGGGAAGGGGAGGAGGGGAAAAGGAGAGAAAAGUGGCGUGGUGACGUCACGCGGAGCUGUCCCUCAGCACCGGGCCGAGCCGGACGGGCCCUGGUCGGCGGGUUCGAGACUGGGGCGCGCAGAUGGCGGCAAUACCAUGAAGCAGCAUCCCCUGCUAGCAAAGGGGAGGGUGUGGGGAUCCUGAUGUCACCUUGAAGACCUUGCAGAGCCAUGACGUCAACUGUACAGACCCUCCGUUUCCCACUGCUUCCACAUGCACCAGGACAGGACAUCUGUGACCAGGAAAUUGAGCGGCGCUACCAGGUGGUGCCCUCAGUCGUGUGUGCCAUGUGCUGCCUCUUUGGGAUCAUCUACUGCUUCUUUGGAUACCGUUGCUUCAAGGCAGUGAUGUUCCUGACAGGGCUGAUGUUCGGCUCAGUGAUCAUCUUUAUGCUGUGCUACAAAGAGCGGGUGCUGGACACGCAGCUGAGCGUGGAGGCCUCCGUGGGCAUCGGUCUGGGCAUCGGAGUGCUCUGUGGGCUGGUCACCAUGCUGGUGCGCAGCGUCGGGCUUUUCAUGGUGGGGCUGCUGCUGGGGCUGCUGCUGGCGGUGGCCACGUUGGUGGUGAUGGAGCAGUUCUACCACCCACCCACCGUCUGGAUCCCUAUCGGCUUGCUGCUGGGUGUGGGCAUGCUGUGUGCUGUGCUUACCUUGCAGUGGCAGCGCCUCUUCACCACCCUCUCCACCGCUGUCUUUGGCAGCGCUGUCAUGACAGCCACUGCCGACUACUUCGUUGAGCUCUUCCUGCUGCUGCAGUAUGUCUACGAGCGCGUCAAAGUGGCACCUGCUAGGCCCAUCUGCUGGUACAGCUGGGUCAUCCUGGGAACUUGGCCUGUCCUGGCAUUGUUGGGCAUCCUGGUGCAGUGGAAAGUCACAGCUGAGGGGUACUCGCACACUGAGGUGAUUAUCAGCCGGCAGCAGCGGCGGGUCCAGCUAAUGAGGAUCAAGCAACGUGAAGAGCGCAAAGAGAAGAAGAAGAAGCGGCGACCACAUCCUCACCCACACCCGCAGCAUAAGGCCCACCCACCGGAGCCUGCCUACCGCCGCAAGCCCAAUCCUGUGCGCCGUUUUGAUGGAGAUGUGCUCUCCCCAAGCUACAUACAGAGCUUUAGGGAGCGGCAGACAGGCUCCUCUCUCAACAGCCUCCUGGCCAGUGCACAUGCUGCCAUCGACAUGGACUAUGACUGUGGCUCCACCGUGCCCCUGACAACGGGCUCCGGCCCUGCCAUGCGGGUAUAGUGCAGCAUCUGCCACAAGGACGCUGUCUUCCAUGGUCACACAGAUCUGGCUGUGUGGCUAUCUUAGCGCCUGUGCUGCCAUCAAGACUUUCAGAUUCUCUCCCCUGGCAUUGGUGUGUUUGGACUAGACAUGCAGGUGCAGACUGACAUCUCCCAACAUGCAACUAUAUGUGGAAAUCUUCCCCAACACUAUACUGGCUUUUACCAAGCUGCCAUGAAACAAGAACCAAGGGAGGAGUAUGAUGAGCACGUAUUUGGGGCAAAGGGCUGAAGAAAGACCUGGUUUCCGCCCAACUAGGCAGGGACUGUGGGAGAGGCCAGAAAGAUGGACAAUGAAAGGGAUAAGAAACUCAUGAAAACAAUAAGAAAAUUAUAAGGAACUGCCAACAGGGCCCACCCACCUCAACUGAAACAGCCCAAAGACUGGGUGUUCCUGUGGUGUCUUGGCACAUGAUGGACCCAGUCCUCGUCCUGGAGCUUGUCUUUCUGUGAACUGACCUCAAGGACUGUCUUAGGGGCAUGAGUGCCAUUUUGUACCGAUGGUGGCACGAUUGGAUUCAGCUCACUCCAGUCUGGCUGGAGCUAGCCAGCUCAGGGAAAUGGGGUCCUCUGGCCCGGGGCCCCUAGCCCACACCAGUGCCUGGCAUUCUGUUUAAAUGGGCAACUUAAGGAGGGAGGGGAAGAGGGUGGGCAUUGGCACCUGGGCCACUUGGGCUGGGCUGUGAAAUUGUCAAAGUGUGCAAGCAUGAGUGUGUGUGAGGGAGCUGGAGAAUGUGUGGAUGUUCUGGCUGGCAUCCAGGCAGCAAGCCUUUUGAUGCCCCCUUUCCCCUUCCACUCCCCCCUGCCCAGCUUCUCAUCAUGGAGUGGGGCAGUGAGGGGCUGGGGGCAGGGUGGGGGGAGAAAGGGGUGGGGGUGAGGAAUACCCAUGUACAUAUUCUUGUUGCCGUUAUUUGUAUUAAUUUAUUAUUGAAAAGAGCUUGGCCUGAGGAGCUCUGCUGGACUGUCAGGAGGAAGGAACAGACUUCUUUUCCCACAGGCCCGUCCUUGUGCUCGCCUUUUCUUCCACUUGUUCUCACAGAGCUGUGGGGUGAACAUGUGUAAGAGGUGUUCCCCUGCACAGCCACCUGUUUGGGCUUAUGGUUUUGCUUUCCUGCCAUUCCUCCAAGGGAUCUGUCAUCUCCAUCGUUAAAGGGACUGGGAUGGGGGGAGGGGGAAUCGAUCUGUGAGAGGACGGGGGAUGGGAGAGGAUCCAGCACAGCUCAGCAAAGCCUUUCUUCCAUGGGGAAACUGCAUGUUUCUGUCACCAAUUGCCAUUGUUGUCACCACAGAAAACCUUUGCACUCCUGUUUUUCUUUGUUUUGUCUCUUUUUUGUAUAUGUGCCAAAUGCUGCCGGCCUGCGGCUGCGCAAGUAAAAAGAAAAAGCCUUUCAGAGAA